UUGCACCAAACAUAUUUUCCCACAGUAGAGUUGUUCAUCUAUGUGAAACAACACAAAGUUGCAAACAUUUCAUAAUCGGGUUUCCAGAAACUUAAAAUUCAACACUUACUGAAGAAUCACCCAUCCGCAUCGUGACUUCCUAACCCUUAUGUAGAACCAAGGAACUGCAGAUGCUGGUUAAUACACAAAAGGACACAAAGUGCUGGAGUACCUGUAGGUCAGGCAGCAUCUCUGGAGAAUGUGGAUAGGUGAUAUUUCAGGUUGAGAUCCUUCUUCAGACCUAAUUCUUAAAUCUGAAGAAGCGACUCUGUGUGUGAAGAAGGGUCUCUACCUGAGACAUUACCUAUCCAUGUUCUCCAGAGGUGAUGCCUGACCUGCUGAGUUACUCCAGUACAUUGUGUCCUUCCUAACUCUUAUACUCAAUGCCCCGACCUAUGAAGGCAAGGAUACCAUCUUUACUCCUCUAUCUAUUUGUGUUGCCACUUUCAGGGAGCUAGUUUAAUUUAGUAUAGAGAUUCAGCGUGGAAACAGGCCCUUUGGCCCACCGAGUAUGCGCAGACCUGCGAUCCCCAUACACUAGCGCAAUCCUACACGCUAGGGACAAUUUACCAUUUUUACCGAAGCCAAUUAACCUGCAAACCUGUAUGUCUUUGAAGUGUAGGAGGAAACCGGAGCACCCGGGGAAAACCCACGUGUGGUCACGGUGAGAACGUACAAGACGCCACUGUACAACAAUGCUGUUAAGGAUCUGGCCAUUAACUGUAUACUUAUAAAAUGCUCUCCCAAAAUGCAACACCUCACGCUUGCUUGGUUCAAACCAAUUCACAAGAAGCAGCAUCAGAAACAGAUAGUGUUAUUAAUGUGUUGCGACAGACCUACCUUACUUUCGGCAUUUGAUUCGAUGUUGCCUGAGCAUUGUUGCAGCUUUUGUUGCAAGUUUUGGAGCGAUAUGGAACGAGCUGCUCCAACCCUGCCCAGAGCUGUUGUGUUCAUUACUCAUGGUGCUGGCAGGUAAAUAGGCAGUGUGCUGGCAUUUCAUUAACCAAUAGACACUUUGCCACUGCAACAGAGACAUGUGAUGUGGGGGAAUUCCAGGAGCUGCAACUAAAAGCAUUUGAGCAAAGUGUCUGCCAAUUCAACCAUAGUCGUUUUUACAGAUAAAAUUAACUUUUGAGGGAAAAUGGCUGAAUAUAACUACAGAAAGUUUGAAAAACCGUGUGAAGACAAAGCAUUGAAGAUGAAGAGCAGCUGCUUUUUCAGUGAAGUUGGCUGCAGGUUCAAGGGAGGGAGAGCAAAACUCCAGGAACACGAAGCUGAAUCUGUUAGACAGCACCUUCACCUUCUCAUGGAGGAACUGACAAAGCUCAACCACAAAGCAUCUCCUGCCAUCUUGCCACCGGAUACGUCAAGAACUUUAGUGCAGUUGGAGAGAGAAACUGAAAGCCUGCAGACGAGGGUCAAAGUCCUCCAGAGAGAUCACGGAAUAAGUGAAAUCUGCAGAACACUGAGGGAAUUGUGCAAGCUGACGGAAACUGCAGAAGAGUGUGUCGCAAGUGUGGAGACCAGACUCGCUGCCUUUCAAAACAAGCAUCAUGCGGUGUCACAGAAGAUCGACAAAUGCUCACGGAUGGCAGCCACUCUGCAGAGGCAGACAAGGUGCCAUGACCAGCUGCUCGCUGGCAUCGAGUACCAGCUGACAGUCCUUCAGUCCAGAAUGCAUCGAACAGACCAAGCUAUACAAGUCCGAACUGCAAAGGUUACAGCACUGGAAUCUAUGACACACUGUGGUGUAUUUAUCUGGAGAAUUCCACAAAUUCAAGAAAGGUUUCAAGAAGCCAUUGAUGGGACAAACCCUUACUUGGAUUCUAGUGAAUUUUAUUUCUCCACAUAUAGUUAUAAGAUGUGCCUACGUAUCUACCUGAAUGGCCAUGAAGACUGGAAGGGAACGCACAUUUCACUCUACUACAUCUUGCUGAAGGGAGACUAUGAUGCCUUGACUCAGUGGCCUUUCAAAGAAAAGGUGAAACUUGCUUUACUAAAUGCAAGAGAUCGACAACAGUCCAUUCUGAGGAUCUGUGUGCCCAGUGACCAAGACCCAGCUUCACAAAGACCCGUGGAAGGAAUGAACACACCCCAUGGCUUCCACAUGUUCAUGGCCUUGCCUGAAUUCCACCAGUGCUUCAGCGAGUUGGUGGACAGCGAGGAAAUGUUUGUGGGUGCUGAGAUAGUCCCCGCAAAUGUGCCAUCAUAAUCCACGAUGGAUGGAGAUGUCCUAGAUGUUUGGGACAUAGUUAGCAUCGCGCAACCUAUACUAUAUGUAACGUGAUAUAAUAUACAUAAUACGUUAUCGUCUCUUCUGCAUUGUAAGCUGGUAAUGAACUCAAUAAUUAGGACUUCAGUAACGGUAAAUGGAGGAAUCAAACCACAAAAAUAAAAAAUAUUGUUCCAAAAGAAUCUCACCUCAUCUUUCUGAUGUCAAGGUCCAUCUUACCGGGUCCAUGGUAGCCUUGUACAUCGAUCUCCUCCAGCGUUCCCACUGUUGCCACUUCUUUCCUGCCAUCUUCAGGAGAGACUCAGGUGUCAUGGGACCGGUCCAAACCUUCUGAGCUCUGCUAAUCAAAGUUAAUUCCCGGGAUGGCGGGGCUGUCAUAUGCUGAGAGAAUGGAGCAGCUGUGCUUGUACACUCUGGAGUUUAGAAGGAUGAGAGGAUAUCUCAUUGAAACAUAUAAGAUUGUUAAGGGUUUGGACACACUAGAGGCAGGAAAUAUGUUCCCGAUGUUGGGGGAGUCCAGAACCAGGGGCCACAGUUUAAGAAUAAAGGGUAAGCCAUUUAGAACGGAGACGAGAAAACACUUUUUCUCACAGAGAGUGGUGAGUCUGUGGAAUUCUCUGCCUCAGAGGGCGGUGGAGGCAGUUUCUCUGGAUGCUUUCAAGGGAGAGCUAGUAGGGCUCUUAAAAAUAGCGGAGUCAGGAGAUAUGGGGAGAAGGCAGGAACGGGGUACUGAUUGGGGAUGAUCAGCCAUGAUCACAUGAUAUGGCGGUGCUGGCUCGAAGGGCCAAAUGGCCUACUCCUGCACCUGUUGUCUUUUGUCCAUUGUCUAUUGUUAUAUAUUAUGUGGGGGGGGUGCGGGGGAAACUUUUUUAAAUCUCUUUCUUCGACGGAGAUGCAACUUUUUCCGUAUCGUAUCUCCGUCCGCAAUGCAGCCUAACAUCGUGGGGCUGGCGGUCCCUUUGCUGGGGAUCCACUUUUGGGAGCUCCAACCGCAGGAGCUUCGCCCGCCUCGACACGGGAGCUUCGACCGCCCCUGUAUGUCUUUGGAGUGUGGGAGGAAACCGGAUCAACUGGAGAAAACCCAGGGAGAACGUUUAAGCUCCGUACAGACAGCAUUCGUAGUCAGGAAUGAACUUGCGCCUCUGGUGCUGUAAGCCAGCAACUCGAUCACUGCACCAAAAUUGUACAGAAAUACUGAUAAAAACAGGACAGUCAGUCCCUGAAUUGCUUCAGCCCAAGUAUUUGUGAUGGAUGACUUUUUGAAUUGGCAUCUUAUUAUUUUUAAUUUCAAAAAGAGGUAAAGCUGUUCUUAAGCUAAUAUCUAUUGCCAACUGAGUUUGAAUGAUAAUUUAAAAAAAAAACUAUUUUCACAAAAUAUGCUUCAAAUCAUAUUUUAAUUGGCACUGUUAUACAAUCCAUUUGCUUUCAUUUCAGGUGAACUCAAGCAAAGCAAAGGCAAAACCAAAAGCACAGGGCAGGCGGGGCCAUCCAACAAUACAAUCCAUUUGCUUUCAUUUCAAGUGAGGUCAAACAAAGCAAAGGCAAAGCAAAAGCACAGGGCAGGCCAAACAACUCAUUUCAUUUCAUUAAGGGCUAUACAGGUUAACGCUAGUCCUGAGGAUGCUUUGUACUCUCAAUUCUCAUUGUUUUCUUGGUUAGGUUGAUUUCAGAUAUAUCUUCCGUUUCAUAAUGAUAUCACAAUUUGGCAUUUGUGAGUUAGAGUUAUAAUGUGUACUAGACUAAGUGGGACCCGUUGGGUCCCAGGUUCACACGGGAGGGCUGGUUCCUCCAAUGCAAU